CUGCCUUUUCUUCAUGCAUGUACUUAGCAUCUCUUGACCUUCUGGUGUAGAAAUGAUUCAACUCCAUAUGAACCUUAACAGUUAUGGCGCUUUUGUGAAACCUAAGUUAUGAGGGAACGACUUGUGCAAUAGAACAUGAGGAGACUUUCCUUUUCCUGACACGUCUAGGAUGUAGAGAUUUCCACGGGUGUACACAAAACAGUGCUGCAGUCAGAGCAUCAAUUUUCCAUGGGAAAUGAGUAUUGAGGCAGCGCAGCAAUGGCUGUGAAGCACUUAUCCUGAGCGCGCCUCCCUCCCUCUGCCUCCCUCUCUCGCUGUGCUCCCCUCACUGUAACCACGGCCGGAGGGGAGGAGGUUUCCGCUGUUUUUCUGUGCCAUGGGGAGAGGAGAGCACUGGCAGCAGAAUCAUGUCUGCCUCCGACUCGAGUGCUACAGGACUGAUCAACAAGGGUUCAGCUGAUUCCUACGCUAGUCGACCCUCUGAUUCCGACCUGUCCCUGGAGGAAGACCAGGAGGCGUCUCGGCGUGAAGCCGAGCGCCAGGCUCAGCUGCAGCUGGAAAGAGCCAAGUCCAAGCCGGUGGCAUUUGCAGUGAAAACCAAUGUGAGUUACUGUGGGGCCCUUGAUGAAGAUUGUCCGGUCCAAGGUGCUGCUAUCAACUUUGAAACCAAAGACUUUCUGCACAUAAAAGAGAAAUAUAACAAUGACUGGUGGAUUGGUCGGCUAGUGAAAGAAGGGGCAGACAUUACAUUUAUCCCGAGCCCAGUGAAACUGGAGGCCAUGAGGAUAAAACAAGAACAAAAAGCAGCUGCCAGGAAAGGAGGGAACGCAUCAUCGGGAGGCUGGAGGUCCACCCCUCCAUCUGCAGCCAAACAGAAGCAGAAACAGACGGAACAUGUUCCUCCCUAUGACGUGGUUCCCUCCAUGAGGCCCGUGGUGCUGGUGGGCCCUUCACUGAAAGGCUAUGAAGUGACUGACAUGAUGCAGAAAGCCUUGUUUGACUUCCUAAAGCACAGAUUUGUCGACAGGAUCACCAUUACACGGGUGACCGCUGAUCUGUCCCUGGCAAAGCGCUCGGUGCUGAACAAGAAGGCCAUAAUGGAGAGAUCCAACACUCGCUCUAGUCUGGCUGAAGUCCAGAGUGAGAUAGAGAGGAUCUUUGAGUUGGCAAAGUCUCUUCAGCUGGUCGUCCUGGAUGCAGAUACCAUCAACCAUCCAGCCCAGCUCCUCAAAACAUCUCUGGCUCCCAUCAUCGUCUAUGUUAAAGUUUCAUCACCCAAAGUUCUUCAGAGGCUGAUAAAGUCUCGAGGGAAGUCCCAAAGCAAGCACCUCAAUGUCCAGAUGAUGGCCGGAGACAAGCUGGCUCAGUGUCCUCCUGAGAUGUUUGACGUAACCCUGGAUGAGAAUCAGCUGGAAGAAGCCUGCGACCACCUCGCGGAGUACCUGGAAAUUUACUGGCGAGCUACACAUCUCCCUUGCUCUGCCCCAGUUAAUCCCUUACAGGACCAGAAUAUGGUCACCCCCCCUUCAGCCAACUCCAGUCAGCAGUUUUCAGAGACUCAAGAGUUGAUAGAAUGAUCCCAGCCUCAGAUGCAGGUGCAGCCUGUGCUGUCGGCUGGGGUCAGAACAGUCAGGACAUGGAGAACAGGGACCACCAGGGGGCAGCAGCGUUCCUCCUCUCAUCAAAGCCAGCCAUCACCUUCUCCACAUGUGGAGCAAAGAGAAGAGCAGGGUCCAUGCAAAAGGGUGAAAGAGCAGAAGUGUGGUGAGCUGGGAUAGGAGGAGAAAUAUUCCACAGAGGGAGGAAGAUGCACCCACCUGCAGCCUCACUGCUGCCCCAGGGGCCAGGCAUCCCUGCUCCCACCGUCAACCGAUAACUCAGGGCCGCUUUCCGCCGCUGCAAAAGCACCGGUUUACAGAAACCGGGGGAACAGUGCAGUCGCUGUUCACCUCCUUACCACCAAUCCUCCCGUGUCAUACUUUCUCCAAUUCAGACGGUGAAAAAAUAAAAAAUAAAAAUAAAAUCCCUAAUAUCCAUGAAAGAUGAGCCAGCCCAUGAGUGUCUGUAGCUGUCUGAAGCACACAAAGGCUGAUUCAUCUCUCACUGGAGAUGCAUCACACAUCUAAGGGGCUGCUGAGGUAUGUUAAGUCCAUGAUACCACUGGCACAGAAAAGCUGUUAGCACAUCAGCUGGUUUCCAGUGCAGGGCUCUUAGGGUUUAAUGUCUGAUUCACCUUGCUUCCUUGCGGGUGCAAGGAGUGACAGAAAAUCUAUUAUGUAUGUCUUCCAUGUCUGCAGCUUUAAGUGAGCUGCCAUUUUAAAUGUUUAACUAAAAUGCUUCCUUAAAAGUACGUUUGCUCCUGUCAGAGUCAUUCCAGUAUCACAUUUGCAUGGAGACACA